UUCGGUGCGCGGCAGGAAUAAACACUCAGGGUAUAUAUAUUGCUGUAAGGUGUCACACUUCCAAGAAACGAGAAUCCCCGAAGAUAACCGAAUUAAGACGAGCUACUACUGAAGAUUAGAUUCUUAAAAACAAAAAACCGAGAAUGAGGGCGCAAAUCCAAAAAGUUCCUCAGAUCGUUGAGCUGCUGAAGAAGAAGUCUGUGGGGCUGCAGCACUUCAAGCCAACAUCCUCAGUGUGCGUCCUGGAGGAGAAGGAUGCUGUGGAGGCUGCGCCUUGCCCUCACGCUGCCUCCAGAGCGCACAGCUUGGACGCGAUCCCGGGACCCACCAAUUGGCCUCUGGUCGGCAGUCUGGUUGAACUCCUGCGUAAAGGAGGACUGACAAGACAACACGAGGCACUGGUUGACUAUCACAAGAAAUUCGGAAAGAUUUUCCGUUUGAAGCUGGGCUCCUUUGAGUCUGUGCACAUCGGCGCACCUUGCUUGUUGGAGGCGCUCUACAGAACGGAGGGAAGUUAUCCUCAGAGGCUGGAGAUCAAACCCUGGACAGCAUACAGGGACAUGAGAGACGAGGCGUACGGACUCCUGAUACUGGAAGGAAAAGACUGGCAGAGAGUGAGGAGCGCGUUUCAACAGAAGCUCAUGAAACCGACAGAAGUGGUGAAACUUGAUGGCAAAAUAAACGAGGUGUUGGUGGACUUCGUGGGCAGAAUUGGAAAAAUGAACGUCAGUGGGAAGAUUGAAGACUUGUACUUCGAACUAAAUAAAUGGUCGUUUGAGACCAUUUGCCUCGUCCUCUAUGACAAGCGUUUCGGCCUGCUGCAGGAGAAAGUCAACGAAGAAGCCAUGAACUUCAUCACGGCUGUGAAAACAAUGAUGAGCACGUUUGGUAUGAUGAUGGUCACACCUGUGGAGCUCCACAAGAGCCUCAACACCAAAACAUGGCAGGACCACACCGCAGCUUGGGACCGCAUUUUCAGCACAGCCAAAGUCUACAUCGACAAGAAGCUGAAGAGGAACGCCGACAGAGCUCCCGACGACUUGAUCGGCGACAUCUUACACCACAGCUGCCUUUCGAAAAAGGAGCUGUACGCAGCCAUCACUGAACUGCAGAUCGGAGGAGUUGAGACAACCGCCAACAGCAUGCUGUGGUUUAUUUUCAACCUGUCACGUAACCCCGGAGCCCAGAGGAAGUUGCUGCAGGAGAUCACAGAGGUGGUGCCUCCCGGCCAGGACCCGUGUGGAGAGCACAUCAAGAGCAUGCCCUACCUCAAGGCCUGCCUCAAAGAGUCUAUGAGGUUAUCGCCAUCAGUCCCAUUCAACAGCAGGACCCUGGACAAAGACACUGUGUUGGGAGAUUAUGCCAUUCCCAAAGGAACGGUGUUAAUGAUUAACAGCCAUGCAUUGGGCUCCAACGAGGAGUACUUUGACGACAGCAAGCAGUUCAAACCUGAGCGCUGGCUGCGGGAGAACAGCACCAUCAACCCUUUCGCCCACGUUCCCUUCGGUAUCGGAAAGAGGAUGUGCAUCGGCCGGCGGCUGGCAGAGCUGCAGCUGCAGCUGGCCAUGUGCUGGUUGGUCAGAGACUUCGAGAUCGUAGCAACAGAUAACGAGCCGCUUGACGUGAUCCAUUCAGGACUUCUGGUCCCUAACAGGGAACUGCCAGUCGCCUUUAUCAGGAGAUGAGGCUCCUCAGGCUUACUAUUCAACUCUUCUGGACAUGGAAACAGGAAGAUGAUACCUCCGUUGCUAUGGUCCCGAUCGUCCAGUGACUCCCUCCAUUGCUGCUCUGUAAAUAGAGAAAUUAUCAUACAUGUAAUCGUGACAAAAAAUACCUCAGACUUAUUUAAAACUAUUACUUGUGACUGCUAAUGACUGACCAAAAUACCAGUUGAUAUGUACAAAUUGAAUGUUGAACUGAGGCAGCUGUCUUCAAAUCAUAACGUAUAUAUAUAUAUAUAUUUAUAUACGUUCUUAUGUUUAUUUUUCACUGUGUAUAUAAAGUGCAAGUAUAAUAUUGUAUUAAUGUACUUUGUUUUAUGUAGAGACAUAUUUUAUUCACCUAAGUAAAUGCAUUAAUAAAUGUAUAUAAACCACA